AGGAAAUCGCAUCGAUUAUCUGAAGGAGCAGCCUUUACAUAAAUACUAGUAUUAAUGCUGCUCCACCAUCCUCCUAAUAUCGCUCCACUGACAAUCGUCUGCUAUAUGUACAUUCCACACGAGUGCAGCCUGUAAUAUAGAUCUUCACCCGAACUCUGAUCAUCUAUCAUUUUCUCUCCGAUAUCGACUCCAUCACUUUCUUACUGAUCUCCCCCCGUCAUACUGCCAAAAUUAUGAUCCGCUUUGAGGGCAUGUCUCCAGACGUCAUGGAGGCAAUCUGUACACCCAUGCACCAAAUUCUUCCUUUUCAAUUUCAAUCCCAGUCCAUACAAUCCGUGGCUCAUGCCUCCAGUUCCCAACCCGGGUUCUUGUAUCUCGGCUCCAUGUCUGCAACGAUGGAUCGCGAGUUGCUCGCUAAAAACCAUAUCACUCAUAUCGUACAAGUACUCGACGUCCCCUGGCUUCCGAUAUCAGAAAAGGACGGCUUCCGGUGCCUCCGUAUAGACAUCCUUGAUAAACCAUCCGCUGACCUUCGUCCGCACCUGGAAGGAGCAUGCCAGUAUAUUGCUAACGCACUGCGAAGUGGUGGGAACGUUCUGGUGCAUUGCCAGCAGGGUGUCUCACGCUCUCCAGCCAUAGUCAUUGCUUAUCUCAUCCACGAUCUUGGGAUGUCAUAUGAGCAGGCAUAUGCCCUGGUCAAACGUUGCAGACCCUGUAUUAAUCCCAACCCUGGUUUUGUUGCCGGUCUUCGUGCAUGGGAAGAGAAAUGGCGAGCGUCCGCGCCGCCGCCACCACCACAGCUGCGGAGGUUCAAUACCUCCUAUGCACCACCUCCAGCAACUCCUAUAGCUGUCAGGCCGCUCGCAGGCAUCCCAAAACUCUCCAGGGGCACGAGUUACAGCGGUCAUUGUAAAUCCGGGAGUACUUCAGUCUCUUGAUCUUCCUUGCUAUCGUUAUGGCAUGGGUCAUGAUCUAUCACAAAAUCGCUGUCGCAAAAUUAUUGCGAAACACCAUGGUGUUUUCGCGCCUCAGAUUCCUCGUUACCUGCAUAUCCUCUUAUAUUCAUCGUUCCUAUACAUCCUAGCAUCGUUCACAAAUACGCAUCACUAUCGCUCUGCUAUCCUCGCUUUUCAAUCCUGCACUGUUGUCCAGACGUACGCCAU